UGUUUGGUUGUCAAAUUAAAAUCUAUGCCUUAGGUUGAAUGGCUCGAAUUGCCUUUCUAGUUUCUAUUUAAUAUAUUUAAUUAAAAUUUUCAAAUAUAGUGUGCAAUGUUAAUUAAGGGAGACGUCAAUGGUAUAUAGCAUUGGCUAAUACUAAUUUUCUCCAACCUCUAACCGCCGUUCACAUCAAACUUUCGUGUUUUUGUGAUACAUAAUUGUUCAGAAAAAUGGAUGAAACUCUGUUUCUUAUUUUAUUGGCUGUUGUGAUGUUAGUGGGAUCCUAUGUGGCAGGAAGUAUUCCUUUAAAUGUGAGCAUGUCUGAGGACAAGCUCCUCAAGGUGACAGUGUUUGGAGCGGGACUGCUGGUCGGCACAGCCCUAGCUGUUAUAAUACCUGAAGGUGUAAGGGCUCUCUUUGACGAGAGGACAGUUCUUGUGACGAAGGACUACACUCCAGAACCAAAAGGCAUUGAUGAUUUACAUUCCGUCAUUGGCAUAUCUUUAGUUUUAGGUUUCGUGUUCAUGUUAAUAGUGGAUCAAAUGUCGUCGAGGUACAACGACGCCAGCAAUCCCACCGAGAAAAAUAUCACUGCCACUGUUGGCUUGGUCGUUCAUGCCGCGGCGGACGGCAUAGCGCUGGGAGCCGCUGCAACCACGUCGCACGCCGACGUGGAGAUCAUAGUUUUCCUCGCCAUCAUGUUGCACAAGGCGCCUGCUGCCUUCGGAUUGGUCACGUUUUUGAUGCAUGCCGGACUAGAAAGGAACCGGAUACGAAAGCACCUGUUAAUCUUCUCAUGCGCCGCGCCCAUGCUCGCCUUGCUCACGUACUUUGGCAUCGGCAACGAAAGCAAACAGACGCUGAGCGAUUUCAACGCUACUGGUAUCGCCAUGCUAUUCUCAGCGGGGACGUUUUUAUAUGUGGCAACCGUACACGUGCUGCCCGAACUCACACACCCACACUCGCACACGCACACAUUACUGCCCAUCCAAGAUGGCGUGCCACCAAAAAAAGGUUUCGCUGGCUUGCAGUUGUGUGAAGUUAUUAUUUUGACAGUUGGGGCAAUGUUGCCAGUUUUAUUGACUAUGGGACAUGAACACUAGUAGAUAUUAUUUUUGGUCUGUGCAAUUUUUUUUUUUUGUUGUGUAGAGAAAUGAAAAGUAUAAUGUUGCAUUUGAUUAGCUACAUUAAAAACGGGCGAGAUUUUAUAGUAAUAGUGUAGCCGGUAAGUUACCAUCUAUAUCUCGGAGUUUUUUUUUUUUGCUGGACAAAAAGAUGGCAUUUUUAAACCUCUACUUUAUAGAUUGUGAGAUGUUAUGUACCAUCAACAGAAAAAUAAUGUAAGUAAUGUAGUUGUAAGUUCUAAAGACGAUACGUCAGUGGCGGACUUAGGGUGGGGUAGAGGGGACAGUCCGCCGGAGGCCUCGGGUCUGGGAGGCCUCCAAACCUUGUGAAGUCCUUUAGUAAAACGCCAAAUAACGUUCAGUUGAUUAGAGCAAGUUUGGAGCGGGAAGCCUUUAUAAAAAUAAAGAAUGAAAAGAUGUUUCUGUAAACUUAAAAAAAAAUUCGUUCUCGUGUGUCUUUGUUGCACAUUACAUUUAUCGACUAAUUAUUUCCAGGGUUGGCAUUUUUUUCAACAACUGUUUUAAAAACGCAUUUUAAUCAUGUUUUUUACUUAGUUUUGUUUUUCGAAACUGUACUUUUUGCCUAACUCUGAUUAGUAUUACACUCAUGGGCUUCGCUAGGAGUCAAAUCCGCGAAAAAUAUAAUAUAUGAUGACAGAACGGGGGCCCCAUUUAGUGAUGCCGACGAGCUUAGUCCGCCGCUGCUCUAACCUUUGUCUCAUUAAAAUAUUCGACUAAUAAUUUCUUAGUAGUGGAAUAUUUUACAUAACUACGUUUUUUGUACAGUAGGUAAUACAUAUUCCAGAGAAACGGCGCUGUGCUUCCGUUUGUUGCCUAAUGAAAGGCAAGAAACAUUCAAAACUUAUUUUUCUUAUAUUCCUAGCCUAUACUCUUUCCUCGGAAGUUAUCUUUGCUCUCUCUGUUACGUACCUAAUCCCAUACAAAUGAUGAAAACAAAAAUCUCAGUGUGCGCUAAACGUUUUGAGUCACCAACCAAUCACAAACGAAACUAUGUUUCUAAUUUUGAUUGGUUGGUGACUUAAAAUGGUUAACACCCAUUGAGAUUUUUGUCUCUAUCAUUUGUAUGCGAUUACGUAACAGAGAGAGCGCUGUAUUAACUUCUUUUCACGGAUAGAGUAUAGAAAGUACUA